GAACUUAAAGCCGUCCAACUGGCCUUAAAUAUUGCCGAAAGAGAAAGGUGGCCAAAGCUCUGUUUAUACACUGAUUCCUGGAUGGUAGCUAAUGCUCUGUGGGGAUGGAUGAAGAAAUGGAAAGAAGCGAACUGGCAGCGUAGAGGAAGACCAAUCUGGGCUGCUGAAGAGUGGAAAGACAUUGCUACUCGGUUAGAAAAACUACCUGUGAGGGUUCGCCCUGUAGAUGCCCAUGUCCCCAGAAAUAAAGCUAAUGAAGAGCAGCAAAAUAAUCAGCAAGUAGAUCAGGCCGCAAAGAUAGGGGGGUUGGAAAUAGAUUUGGAUUGGGAACAUAAGGGAGAGUUGUUCCUGGCUCGAUGGGCCCAUGAUGCCUCAGGCCAUCAGGGCAGAGAUGCCACCUAUAAGUGGGCACGAGACCGAGGGGUGGAUCUAACCAUGGACAGUAUUUCCCAGGUUAUCCAUGACUGUGAGACGUGUGCUGCCAUCAAGCAGGCCAAGCGGGUGAAGCCCUUCUGGUAUGGGGGGCGGUGGUCCAAAUAUAAGUACGGAGAGGCCUGGCAGAUUGACUACAUCACACUGCCUCAGACCCGCCAGGGCAAGCUCUACGUGCUGACCAUGGUGGAAGCCACCACCGGAUGGUUGGAGACCUACCCUGUUUCCCAUGCUACUGCUUGCAACACUAUCUUGGGCCUGGAAAAGCAGGUCCUUUGGAGGCACGGUACCCCUGAGAGGAUUGAGUCCGACAAUGGGACUCAUUUUAAGAACAACCUUGUUAACACCUGGGCUAGGGAACACGGUAUUGAGUGGGUGUACCAUAUCCCUUACCAUGCACCAGCUGCAGGUAGAGUGGAGAGGUACAAUGGAUUGUUGAAGACCACCUUAAAGGCAUUGGGUGGGGGAUCCCUCAGGAACUGGGAGCAGCAUUUGGCAAAGGCCACUUGGUUAGUCAACACUCGAGGUUCCACCAACCGAGCAGGUCCCGCCCAGUCUGAGUGCCUCAAUAUAGUGGAUGGAGACAAAGUCCCAGUGGCCCAUAUCAGAGGUUUGCUAGGGAAGACAGUGUGGAUUAAUCCUGCCUCGAGUACAGGCAAACCCAUUCGUGGGAUUGCCUUUGCUCAAGGACCAGGAUGUACUUGGUGGAUAAUGCAGAAAGAUGGAACAACCCGCUGCGUACCUCAGGGAGAUCUGAUUGUAGGGUGAUGUUAUUGUUGAGUGUAACCACCGUUGCCUGUAUGCUAAAUCAUAUGAAUAUGAAACAGAAGGAAAUGUGUAAGUGGUGAAGGCCUGAGCAAGUGAGAAGAAGGAAACGUGCAAGUAUUGAAGGUUUGAGCAAGUCAGAGAAAGUUUUUAUAUUGUGUUUAGUGAGUGUAUAUCCCAAUCGUGUGUCAAUGAUCACGAUAUGGGAUAAGGGGUGGAAUGUUCUGGGUUGAUGUUGAUGUUGUGACUAGCUCCUCUCCCUGCCCCCCCCAUGGAGCUGCCAGCGGUGGGACGGCCCUUCCCCGGG